CGGCUCCUCGGCGGGUGGCGGUGGUGACCGGAGUGGUUCCUCCUGGCCCUGUUAAUGUCGGAGCCAGGCCCGGGGAGGAUGGCGCCCUGAAGCCCGACCUCGGUGGGGCAGGGGCGGGAGGGGCCGGGGUGGCGACCGGCCAUGUCGGAGGUGACCCGGAGUCUGCUGCAGCGCUGGGGCGCCAGUUUUAGGAGAGGCGCCGACUUCGACUCUUGGGGCCAGCUGGUGGAGGCGAUAGACGAGUAUCAGAUAUUAGCAAGACAUCUCCAAAAAGAGGCCCAGGCUCAACACAAUAAUUCAGAAUUCACAGAAGAACAAAAGAAAACCAUAGGCAAAAUUGCAACAUGCUUGGAGUUACGAAGUGCAGCCUUACAGUCCACACAGUCCCAAGAGGAAUUUAAACUGGAGGAUCUGAAAAAGCUAGAACCAAUCCUAAAGAAUAUUCUCACAUAUAAUAAAGAAUUCCCAUUUGAUGUUCAGCCUGUCCCAUUAAGAAGAAUUUUAGCACCCGGUGAAGAAGAGAAUUUGGAAUUUGAAGAAGAUGAGGAAGAGGGUGGUGCUGGAGCAGGAUCUCCUGACUGUUUCCCUGCUAGAGUUCCUGGCACUUUAUUACCACGGCUGCCAUCAGAACCUGGGAUGACUUUACUCACGAUCCGAAUCGAGAAGAUUGGUUUGAAAGAUGCUGGGCAGUGCAUCGACCCCUAUAUCACAGUUAGUGUAAAGGAGCAGAGGGGGCUUGAAACAAAGCCCAUAAGAACACUCAGGAGCUGUUCCUUCUCUUUCUGUGAAUGCGUAGAAGCUCCUUCAGACAUCUUUCAGAAAUGGAGGCUUGAUGGCAGCCUUGCAUCGAGCAACUCUGCUGUGUUGUUUUUCCAACCGCAUGAGAACAUGUCUGCUAGCUUUCUUUUCUACCUUGUUGGGGCAAGAUUCCACGUCCUCUCCAUGAGACCUAUCUCUACCCACCUUCCCUCCAUAUACCUGUGUGGAGACAGAAGCCCUCCAGAUCUGAAUGGUAUCGAUUUAACCCCUGUGCAAGAUACUCCUGUGGCGUCAAGAAAAGAAGACACAUAUGUUCAUUUUAACGUGGACAUUGAGCUGCAGAAGCAUGUUGAAAAAUUAACCAAAGGUGCAGCUAUCUUCUUUGAAUUUAAACACUACAAGCCUAAAAAACGAUUUACCAGCACCAAGUGCUUUGCGUUCAUGGAGAUGGAUGAAAUUAAACCUGGGCCAAUUGUAAUAGAACUAUACAAGAAACCAACUGACUUUAAAAGAAAGAAACUGCAGUUAUUGACCAAGAAACCACUUUAUCUUCAUCUACAUCAAACUUUGCACAAGGAAUGAUCCUGACAUGCACCCCCUGUGGAACGUCUGAGUGUUCUCUCUCCGUAGAAACCAUCGUAGCUCUGUGUAGCAUCCGCACACCCUUCAACAGUCCGAAGGGAGCGGCUCCCUUGCCCCAGGCCAGAGCAAGCCCAUUGGUUUUGCACGGCUGUGCCACAGACUGAAGUCCACUCCUCACCAAUGUGCAACUCCUUGGGAUAGGGGCUUAUUGUAUUUUGAAAUAUUUUUUUGCCUUCCUCUUACUUGUGCAAUUAGUCUUGUCUUCUAAUUCACCACUAUUCCUACCAUUUCCUGGAACACGUAUGGGUAGGACAUGCUCAUCUUCAGACUUAACACAGCAAUAAGAAUGUGCUAGUUACACAUCUGCUCACUGUUGAGCCAAUAUGCUCUUUUGGCUUUGAGGGCCGUGGUCAGAUAGUAUGGACCUGUUUAGGAGGGGCUGAUUGGUCGCCUAUGCUGCCGAAGGUGGUCCGUCUGGGAGGGGAUAUAGGGUGUCCUCAAGACACCUCUAAGCUCCAGCUCACCUUGAGGAUUUUCCUGCUCAGCCCACUGGACCUUGGCCAGAUCAGGACCCUGUGUGGGAGUGUGCCCCGAGUGGUAGCAAGAGAUUUUCCCAGAUGUCCAGAUUGUUUUUAAAAUGAGCAUAGUGUUAGUCAUAUUGUUUGGCUUUUCUACAUUACAUUGUUUUUCUUCCUGGUAAAUGAUUCUUGGCGUAUCGUUAGAAUCCUAAUAAUUACAAUUUUUUAUGAGUAUCAUCCAGCUGUCAUAAUGUAGCUGACAGGUAGUUUUCUAAAUUGUAUAAUCUAAAAAUAGAUGCUAAUCAGAUAUUGCAGGAAUAACUGCUGUUUUUCUGACAACUGAUUGUGAAACCUUAAAAACCUGCAAACCUCUUCCGAUGAGACGCAGAUACGGGAAGAUCCCUUUUUCCCCCUGAUGUAGGUAGAUAGUACUGUCAUUUCUUUCCUAUUUAGAUAUACUGACAUUCAUCCAUAUGAAAAUAUGCAGGUCAUUAAAGUAUUAUAAUUUGAAUAUUUACAUUACCUUUGACUUAACGGGGCAUAAAACUUUCACAAUACCUAAGGUGGUUAGUUGAUACCCAGAACAUUAAGGCAUGUGGAGGGCUUUCUGUGGGUUAGCUGUAGACCCCACGUAUUUUACUGUUCACUGUCUUCACUGCACAGUGCUAGCAUGAGGGGGUGCAGGGUCAGUACCUGGCCUACGCUGAGUGCACGCCUAGGCAACCCCGGGAUGUUUGCUUUGAAAUUAAGCCCUUGCACUUCCAGGGAGCUCGUCCUUACAUUCACAGUUGUCUAUUAGGUCAGUUUUCUGUACUAGAUAGGUACUAAGACUAUCUGAGCCUGAAAGACUUCUCAGAUUUAGACUUGUCUGUCCGUUUGAUUGGAUUAAUUAAAAUUCUAAAACAAUGAAUCAGCCCACAGUAGCUCUAGAGCAGUUGUUUCCCGAAGUCUGAGAUACCGCCCCCUAGGGAGGCUGGGACCAUCCUGGAGGGCUGCAAAAGCAAUACCUAAUUUAAAACUGGAUUAUGGUCUAAUCUUAGCCAAGAGGGCUGAGUUGUUUGGUGUGUUGGUGUUUGUUUGUUUUUUUGGGGGGGGCGGGGCUGGUCAAACAAGUUUGGGAACCUAUGCUCUAGGGGAUAAAGAACUUGCCUUAAUUGUUUCAUUGUUCACUCAAGUCUUAAGACUGCAAAUUGUCAGAUUCUCCAGACUGUAAGCUCCUCAGGGGGCAAGAACUUCGUUUUCUCCGUGUUAUGUAAAAUUUCUAUGGUGCCUGGCAGCACUCAGUACCCUGUGGAGUACUCAGAACCUUUUAGUGGAUGUUGCUGACGAGAUUUAAAAAGUAAUCCCUUAAAGAAGCCUAUUAAAAUGUAGCAAACCUGA